GUCUCAUUUCGACAGAAAUAGCAUGAAGGCGCUUAUCAUAAACUUUUAUUAUCCUAUCAUCAUACAAUCUUUUGCAAGAUAAAAGUUAAAUGCUACCUUACAGUGACACACGAAUACAUGCAGCACUGCAAAAAUUCAGAUGCAAAGCAUUUCCACUUUAAAAAAAAAGGAAACCAGAGGCUAUGACUUCCUCAAAGGGUUUUCACAAGACUGAGAUCAGUGAUAAACAACAUGCAGACUCGGACCAACAUUGAGACAUGCAACACCAUUACCCAUUGGUCGGAUAAGAAGCGCAAUGGAUGUGGGAGAAGUGAUCUACAUGUUGUUGGAGGUGCUCAUUGCUGUUAGCUGCUGUCUUGGUAAUUUACUGGUUAUUUUGGCACUGUGGACCAGUAAAAGCAUUCAUCAGCCUACCUUCUGCCUUAUUGUCUGUCUGGCUGUGGCUGACUUUAUGGUUGGCUGCGUGGCCAUUCCUUUGGCCGUGUUGGUGGAUCGACGAGUGAAGACUUCAUUCCAUGGCUGCCUCUUCGUCAGCUGUGUGGUCAUCCUGUUGACCCUAGUCUCAGUUUUGUCUCUCACUGCUAUUGCAGUGGACCGAUACCUCCGGGUGUAUUUCCCCCUCAGGUACAAGAGGACUGUAACACAGAGACAUUCUUGGCUUGUGGUAGCUGCAUGUUGGCUUGUUGCUGUACCACUGAGUUUUGCUCCCAUGCUUGGGUGGUACAACCAGGAAACCUUGUCUAAGUCGGUCAACUCUACAAUUGUCUGUCAGUUUAUAGCAGUGAUCCCCAUGUCAUACCUGGUUUACUUUAACUUUUUUCUCUGUACCCUCAUCCCUUUAUCAGUGAUGACUGUAUUGUAUGGCUACAUUUUCUGCAAUAUUCGAGGAAGUCUUCGAGAGAAACCAGGCAACAGUUUCCAAAACCAGUGUCAGAACUACCUAAGGAAAGAGAAACAGCUGGCAGGAUCUCUGUCCCUGGUCUUGGCUCUGUUCGCUCUGUCCUGGCUCCCUCUCCACAUAAUGAACUGCAUUGCUUACUUUGGUGGGCCGAAUGAUGUACCAGUAACAGCUUUCUAUGUCGGCAUCCUGCUUUCUCACGCUAACUCAGCUGUAAACCCGGUUGUGUAUGCGUUCAAAAUAGAAAAGAUCAAGACAGCGUACCUGAAAAUCUGGAGAGAGUAUAUUUCAUGUGGAGACGAAAAUCAAGAAUCUCAGACAAGCCAGUCGAUAGACAACAAUCUCAGUAGUAACAUGAACAUUGACUGUUGAGCACAAUUAGGUAUUUUAAUAGUAUUGUGUGAAAGACAAAAGAAAUGAAAUGUAUUGAAAUCUGAAAUCUACCUUUUAAUGGAUAAAGAUGAUAUUAUGUGUGUUAAUACUAUAAACAAAUCUAGCCAUGUACAGUGUGAUAUCUGUUAUUGUUCAGAAAUCUGUGUGUUUGUGUCUCCCAUAUAUUUUAAUGAGCGUGUGUGUGGGGUGUGUGUGUGUGUGUGUGUGUGUGUGUGUGUGUGUGUGUGUGUGUUGCAAUAACUUUUGCAGAGGAAAAGGGUAACUUCCACUUGUCUUAAAAGCUUUAGUUUUACACCAAGUUUCAUAUCACUGUUGUUUUUCUGUUUAAGUUCCAGUUCUUCAUUCAUUUCAGGGAGCAUAUCUGUUUUGGAAAUUACCUUCACUAUAUCUUUCGUGAAAGAAAAACUUAAACAUGAAACACCUGAAGCAUUAUUGUUAUCAUUACUUUGGAGACAUACAUUGUACUGUGUGUAAACCUGACCAGAAAAAUAGUCACACAUGUACGAUCUAAUAUAAUCCAAUACAACAACCCUGCAACAAGUUCUUUGUUUUUUAAUAUGCUCAGACUGUAUUCGUAUCAGACUGUCUGUAGUUUGUUCCAUUGUUAUAUUUGAUUGGAUUUAAUAGAAAUCUAUGUAGGAUAUUUUGUUCCUCUGUGUGAAUGGUAGUAAACAAAACACACAUUUCAAAACAGGGCAGUCUAACACAACAACACCACAAAGUACAGACUCAAAAAUGACCAAAAUGUUGAGUAAUCUAGUCUCAGAAUUUUUAAAAAACGUAGCAUUUAUUGCGUCAUUCAUUGGAUGAUAUUACAUUGCACAAAUGGUAAUAUUUUUAUGGUCAGUGUGUUUUUAAUAUCACCAAUGCAUAAAAACUGAUGUAUUUUUAACAAACAAUCUAAAGCGUAAAUGCAUCCAUGUCUGUAAAUUGGGAAAUCCAACCUGAAACCUGUUAAUGUUAUUAAAAUGACAGCUGUUGGUAAUGUGCAUCGCAUUUUUAUUCAACGAGAUAUGUGUAGUGUAUCCAGAAGGAAUACAAUGAAGGAAGACACAAAACCAUCAGCUUCUCAGAGUAAAAUAUGUAUUUCUUGAGACACCAUGUUGCAUUUUAACAAACAGUUGUUAGUACACCAGUUUGAUUUAAAGAUGAAUUAGUUUUUAUUUUAGAAAUUCAGGUUAUAACUGAGGCACUGUGUAAAGGUUUGUGGUUAGUUGUGUGAUGUACAAGCCCUUUCAUUUCCUCAGUUUCAGAAUAUAUCUAUAUAAUCAAUGCAUCUGUAUUUCUUUCUGUACAUACAGUAAUGUAAUGACAUAAUCAAAUAAAACUUUUGUUUAACAUUUAUGAA